CACUGGCGAAUGUGUCAGCUGCGGUGGCGGGUGCACCGACGCAGAUUAGUCGCAUCUAAUCACCACAGGUAUCAUUUCCGCCCAUCGGUUCCAGCUCGGCUGUCGCAUUUCUCUGCCGGUCAUCGCUCUGUCACUCGUCUCGAAACGCGUCGUUGAGUUUCGCCCGUAACGCAAACAUGGUGCGUCGUUCCCCUGAUUCUUUUGGAACCAGCCUCGCCUCGGCAAGCCUCAACCGACCACGAUGGCGUCUCGUCUCGCUACCAGGAGCUACUACAAAGCGACGGCAUUACCAACUAGAUUGACAUCGAUUCAUCCCUCAGUCCGAAACAAACUGCCAUUUCACGAGUCCUGGGGCUCUGAGUUGCUCCGAGCAUCUGCCAUUCACCCCUCGCAACCGAUUAUUUUCUAGCCCGCGCGGUGAACUCACUGCGGGCGAACGUAGAGCGCUGAGCGCUCCGCAGCAGCCAUGGCGGUAUCGCUGGUUCGCACGCUUAGCGCGGAGUCCCCUCUCCGCGCGCCGACCAGCCACGAAUCCUUCCAGCCUGACGCCGACUGCCUCGACGUGCCCACCGUGCUCGUCGUGUUACCCGACGGCUCCGUGCGACUGUACGACGACGCUCGCCCGACCGUGUGCGACGUGCUGCGCGACUACCCGAGCCACGCGCUCUCGUGCACGUCCCGCGGCCCCGUGCUUCAGCCGCAGCGCGUGCUCAGCCCCAACGGGACCUACUUCCUCCGCCGAGUCUCCCCGCCGGCGGCGGGAGCGCCGGAGCCUCUGUCCGCCGAUGUCGCCUCGGUGCUGGAUCUUCAAUACGGGCCGUUUGCGACCGCGACUUUCGAGCACAACGCGACUCCGCGCACAACGGAGGGUCGCCGAAGGUCGUUUGGGACGGCUUCUCUAAAGGAGCGUCCGAUGUCGCGGUCCGCCUCGGCGCUGAACCUCGAACAGGCUCCCGCGCGGCGGGAGCACGUGGCGGAGCGGAGGACGUCCAGCUGGGACGCAGCGGAUCCUGAGCCACGUCGGCAUGACGUCAGCGACGGCAUUAUCCGUGGCAAUCGCGUUAAUCCAAUUCUGGCCGAGCUAGAUGCGCUGGAAGACGAUGACGAAGCUCCUCCCACGCCGUCGACGGAAUCCGUCAAGGUGUUGUCGCCAACGUCGCCCGCGAAACGGAGUCUGGUGGGCAAGCUGGUUCGAUUCAAGCUGCCCCUCGGCGGACGGCGCAGCACUGGUUCCUCCGACCAAACCUCUCCUGUCGGGUUCCGCGCGGACAAUCCGCGCGUGAGCCCCAAAUCUCUGCGCUCCCCGCGCCCUUCCAUUCCGAAGAGCCCCCGCUUCGCAGCUCCCACCGCGCCUGCUGCGAAUGCUUCAGCGAAAUGUGAACUAGGCGAAACUGCGGAGGGGUGGAUGGAUGUGAAUUGCGGAAUGUUCAUGAUGACCGAUACGCGCAUCUGCCGACGAAUGGUCGUGCGCGCACCCUCUACGGGGACGGGGAAAGCGGCUGAGGACGCGCGCAAGGCUGCGAUGUUGCUGCAGCGAAACCAAUCCGAGCCUGGACUGGUUACCAGACCGAGGACUGUUACACCCCAAUGGUUUGGGGACGGCAGUACCUAUCAGCAAGUGCCUCUUCAGCAGGCAAAGAUGCCUCUCGUGCCGCAAAGGCAGUCACGGCAUAGGAACGAUUUUGUGUCGUCGAGUGAGAGAUACUUCACCAGCCCCCUGCUUUAUCAGAUGAUGGAGACAUGACAUGACACGUCACCUUCGGUGGAGAUUGGGGGAGUGCUAGUUCAGCCUUCCAUUUCGACAGUCUCACUUCCAAGGAGGGGUGUGCAUGGCACACUAACCAGUGUGUGACAUGACAUGCCCUCUCCACCAGUGUAUGGGCAUGACAGUGAUAUUGCAUGGCUCUUUGCUCUUCUGUGUGUAAUCUUGGACCUUCAAACUUGCUCAACCACUUGAGAA